AUUUGAUGAAUAGUGUCGUUGUCAAAAGCGCUGGAAACAGAUCAAGGAACGUUGAUAGAUGGACAGCUGGAAGAGAGAGGAGAAGAAGAGGAGCUGCGUCAUGCCUCCUCCUCACGGUUACAUGUAGUUAUUUCUCUUCGGAGCUGGAUCUCGGGGCGAGUUUCCUCAACUCUUACCGUGCUGUCCCGGGCUUUAUGUUGUGUUGCUUUGCGUUUGUUCUGGAGAGCUAUGGAAGGCAGAACAUGCCAAGUCUAAGUGUUACAACUGCACGCGUGUCGACGUUCCUGUGAAUAUUUUCUCAGCUUCUCAAACUUUACUAGAGGAGGAAAAGCUUCGGCUCGUAAAGGAGCCUUUGAGGGCCCACAUCAGCAUGGUGAACAGCCAAGCAUCAGGCAUACCGCCAGCCCCCAGGUCAUGUGCAGGAUGCGGGGGGAAGAUUGCAGACCGCUUCCUGCUCUUCUCCAUGGAGCGCUACUGGCACACUCAUUGCCUCAAGUGCUCUUGCUGCCAAGCCCAGCUGGGGGACAUUGGCACCACCUGCUACAGCAAAGGGGGCAUGAUUCUGUGUCGAAGCGACUACAUCAGACUGUUUGGGCACAGCGGGGCGUGCAGCGCCUGCGGCCAGUCGAUCCCAGCCAAUGAAAUGGUGAUGAGGGCGCAGGGAAAUGUUUACCACCUCAAGUGUUUCAGCUGUGCCACCUGUAGAAACAGACUAAUGCCUGGCGAUCGUUUCCAUUACAUCAACGGUACAAUCUUCUGUGAGCACGACAGACCCGGCGCUGUCUUGCUCAACAGCCACCUGCCUCCACUUCAGAGCAGCUCUGUGCUGACAGACCAGAAGCUUAACAUUAUUGAGACAGAGCAGCUGAUGUUGCUGCAAGAAGUUAGCAGAGUGAGAUGCCCAGCAAGUCAGGUAUGCUGAGUGGCAGAAGUGCUGAGUGUCGCCCUCACCCUUCCUCCAAGCUUCACUUUUCUUCGGUGCACUAUUCUUCUCCUGCUACUGUCAUUGUUGUGGAUUCUCAUCACUGACCCGCCUCUCCUCCUCAGGGAGGACGCAGUUUCUCACCAACAUCCCUGCCCAUCACCAUGCCAGAGACUAUGUACCACAUUCAAAGUCCCAUUUAUGUCGUGUUCAACGUUAAUGUGGUCUGUGCAUCAUGCAAAGACUUAGUGCUGACUGCACUGGCAAAAGGCUGCUUCAGGACUUAGAAAAAAGUGGAGGAAAACAAUGACGAUGAAAGCCUGCACCAACUGGAAGAUGGAAUCAAAGAUCCUCAAAUGAACAUUUGAUGGACUGCUGUAAAAUGACUGUCAAAGCUUUGCUUAUGCCAUGUGGCAUCCAUUUCCCUGAGCGUCAGUGUUUUUAAUGAACUCUUGAUCUCUCUCUUGUAUUUGUUAAUCUGAGAUCUAACACACUGAGUAUGGAAUAUAAAAUUGAUGGGUGUCAGGCAAAAAUCCAGAGUAUCUGUAAGUAUUCAUUCAUAGAAAACCUUUUAAUGAGUUUAAAAAAUGUUUGUCAGAAGUGAGAUUCAAAUCUUGAACAUAAACUUUUUUUUUUAAAAUACUUGAGGAAAACAAAAUGUAAUGUUGCUGUAUGAUUACUUUUCAGACGCCCUGCACAAAGCACUGAAAUAUCCAGUGACAUUUUUUUCUUUAACUUCUGUAGAGUUUCAUUUCUUCAUCAGAUGCCAGUUCAAUGUGUGAAAAACAAAUUGUGGAGUUAAAAUUAAAAAUCCUAUAAAAUGAUUUUCCUGUUA